AAGGAUUUCAAAGCGGCUUAUUUGAGGACUGUGCUACACGUGCAACUUUACUGAAUUACUUGAUAUACGUUAUGAACACGGAAGUGGGUAGAUUAAAUGCGUACAAAGAAAAAACUAAAGUUGACGGUGAAGAGCUAGUACUCAAUGUCUUUCCAAAACGUGUAUUUGAAAUGGAAGACAUACUAGCGUCGGAUAUGUUUUUCCUAGAGGGAAAGUAUGUCCACUCUGAUGUGAAUAUACCUUAUCCUAUUAAUCCACAUAAUUCGUUGCAUCCUGGUGAUGAUAUGGAUUCUGGUUUAACCAGUGCUACAGAUAAGCUGACCAAUGAUAAACAACAGUUUCCUAGUAAAGGUUCUUUUGUCUACGCCUUACCAAAUGGCUCUGUGUCAUAUAAUAAACAUAUCAAAGCUAUGAUAGAGAAAACUAAACCAUGUUUAACUCAACUUAUGAUUGAAGCUCAACUUGUUCGUUUAUGGGUUCAAUUUAAUAUACCACGAAUUGAAGAUGGAAAUAAUUUUGGUGUAGGAAUACAAGAAGAGAUUUUAGGUGAAGCAUCGGGUAUCGAGAGGGAUGCAUGUACUUUCUUGGAUCAAGUCACAAGAUAUUAUGCCUCAAGAGGAAAAUUAGUGGGUAAAGUAGCAAAAUAUCCUCAUAUUGAAGACUAUCGUGAGUGUAUCCGUGAUAUGGAUGAGAAACAAGCAAUAACAAUGCGAUAUAUUAUCAUGGAAAUUCGUAAUCACUAUGCUACCUUGCAUGAUAUAAUAAUAAAAAAUCUGGAUCGUAUAAAAAUGCCUCGUUCCAAUAAUGCGAUCAAUAUGUACUAAUUGACGAAACCCAGAUUUAGUUAUGUGUUUGCUCACAUUAUGAGAUUUUGAUUGUAUGUAAAUACAUACGUUUGAAACGU